AUGGCGGCUUCGAACUCGACCCCGACGCCCGUUCCUUUCCCGCAGCCAAAGGGCAUUCGCGACCCGGGUUCGAGCGAUACUCCGCCGGACUCGCCUGGUAAUACACGUCGCCAGCGAACGUCCACCAAUGCCUCCGCUAUAUCAAAUCGAGUUCGCACUGCGAGCUUGAAGCUGAUGGAAGCCAACCCUCCUCCUGGAAUGUGGGCUGCGACCGGUGCAACUGCAUCCAAGGCCCCGUCGCUAGCAGACAUUCGAAGAGGCUCCUAUGGUUCAGAAGGUUGGAGCGAAGACACGCAGCGCAAACGAGCAGGCUCUCGUACAAGCCAAGAGAAGAGAGCUGAGCCAUCAAGGCACGCCAGCGGCACUAUAUCGCCGCUCGAGGGCGGUGUCGAGGCGUUCCCGGCAGUGACAGAGGAAGACAUGCGCGAACGCCCGUCAGGCGAAGCCAUGCGCGAAACGCAAAGAUACGAAUCAAAGCACAACAACGCCGCUACAGAUGUUGAGCUUAGGCAGAGCAACUCCAUAACGGACAAGAAGGAAGAAAGCGCAGUUCGAGAGCCUUUGACAGGCUCUGGAGAGUAUGCCAACGGCUACGUCCCUCCGCCAAAGCUGCCCUGGAAGCGUUCUUUCGCCAUAGGCAUGAGAUCGUUCUGGAAGUGGUUCUUGACGCCAGCAGGCUUCCUCAUCACAAUCUACGCCUUGAACGUCGUCGCAUGGGGCGGUAUGCUCUUCCUGCUUCUUUGCAACGCGGCACCAGCUAUGUGCACGCCUACUUGCGACGACAUCAACUCUCCCCGAAGGAAGUGGGUCGAAUACGAUUCCCAGAUCUUGAACUCUCUCUUUUGCGUUACUGGCUUUGGUCUGGCUCCUUGGCGAUUUCGCGAUCUCUACUGGUGGGGAUGGUGGAGGAUGGGCGGGUCUUCACGCAAGGAGAUCGGUAUUCGCCGUCUUGCUGGCAUUCAUCAAGGCUGGUUCCGCCUUCCCGGCUCCCAGCAACUACCCGAGCUUGCAGACGCAAAGUCAGUUGAUCCCGAAGAUCCAGCUGUACCGAUUCCGGCGAAAUCGAUACCAGACCCGCCGCCAACAGGCAUGCGCGCGCCUCCUACCAAGAGCUGGAAGAUGGAUUUUGUCCUAUGGAUGAAUGCGUCAAACACUUUCUUCCAAGUUAUUCUCUGCUUUUACAUGUGGCACUACAACAGAAUUGAGCGCCCGAGUUGGGCAACGGGUCUUUUCGUCGCCCUAGGCUGUAUAGUCGCUGGUGUCGGUGGCAUAAUGAUGUGGCACGAAGGCAAAAACAUCAAGAAGGUGGAGGGAGUGCCGAUGCGCAAGGAUUACAACGACACCCCAACGAACGACGUCGAGCGACGCUCGGUGCAGAACAUUCCAUUGGUGUCGAAUCCGGGUGGAGCGGCAAAGUCAUGA